AAUUUUCGAAAAACAUCCAAAUUAAUCUGUGAAAACUUCCGAUGUUUUGACCUAAAUUAUAUAUUUAUCGAACGCCUGUGCUAAUUACUGUGAUAUAUCGAUAAGAUUUUUAUCCCAACUUACUUGUGAAACUCGUAAGGUUCGCCCAAGAUGGGUAAGAUUAUGAAACCGGGAAAGGUCGUACUGGUCCUCAGCGGCCGGUACGCGGGCCGCAAGGCUAUCGUCGUCAAGAAUUACGACGAGGGCACCUCGGACAAGCCCUACGGACACGCUUUCGUUGCCGGCAUCGAUCGGUAUCCACGCAAAGUCCACAAGAGGAUGGGCAAAAACAAAAUCCACAAGCGCUCCAAAGUCAAGCCAUUCGUCAAGGUUGUAAACUACAACCACCUCAUGCCAACCCGUUACUCAGUUGACUUCAGCUUCGAGAAGUUCAGUGCAAAGGACCUCAAAGACCCCGCGAAACGCAAGAAGCUCCGUUUCAACACGAGAGUGCGAUUCGAGGAGAGAUACAAGAGCGGCAAGAACAAGUGGUUCUUCCAGAAGCUUAGGUUCUAAGACGUAUUUUAAAAUAUAAACAAAAGCCCACAAAA